AUGCAAAAAAUGAAUACACGGGUUCGUACAUGGAAACCAUUUCCAUUACCGAAUUGGGUUGUUUCAAUAAUUGUUGCAUUUGUUUUUCUAUAUUCUAUUACAUUUUUAAUGUUAGCAGAAACAAAUUUUUAUAUUUUAAUAGGAAUGUCAUCAUUUCUUGCUUUAUUAGUAAUAAUAUUUUAUGGAAUUGGAUUUUUAUCAGUUUUAGGGAUGUUUUUUAUGAAUUAUGACAAUGAGAUAUCAAUAAUUGAUGAAUUUUCAUAA